AAUGAAUCAACUGAAAAAACAUAUCUCUGUCAAAUGCAUCAAUUUUAACACUUAAUCUACAAACAGUCGGACUAGAAGUAUCUCAAAUUAGGUUUCCAAGAAUUCAACAGACCGUUCUAGAUCUGUAACUAAAUUAUGCCCUGCUAUUAAGUAGGAUAAUAUAAUAUUAAUUAUUAGAUUACCAGUCACUACUAAAAAUUCAGAGUCGGUCUCUAUAUCAAAUUCAAAACCAGUAUCGAAAUUAGGAAAAGUGAAAAUUGAUCUUGGAAACAAAGCGACAUCUAGAAGUUAGCAAUCAACUUAAAAAUCACGAUCAAAUAGUCAGAUAAGUAAAGAAGAAAGCUUUCCUAAAGUGCUACCUGAUUUUGGUAGAAUGGAGACUGAACUAUUGGAUUGUCAAGAUUUCAUGCUUUAAUUACCUGAAAUUCAGUUUCCAACUACUGAAGAUAUAAUGAAAGAAAGAAUUAUUCUUGCUAAUAGAAUAGCAUAUACUGUUAAAACAAAGAAACGCAUUCCAAUUACAACACCAGAUUUUUAUAAGGUAUCGCAUCUCUAACCUUAGUAAGGUAGCUCUGUUAUGUGAUAGGCAAAGGAGCAUUUGCAAAGGUAUGUUUGGGUAUCCAAAUAUUAACAGGUGCAAAGGUGGCCAUGAAGAUUAUUGAAAAAUCAACACUUAAAACAGAGAGUGCUAAAAAAAGAUUGUUACUAGUAAUUUCUUAUAUUUCUAUUUUAAGGAAAUUACUUUAAUGAAAAUUCUUUCGUAAUAUUAAUAAUUUGCUUCUCUUUUUGAAGUCUUUGAAACAAAAAAAUAAAUUUAUAUUAUUAUGGAAUAUGUUGAAGGAGGUGAUUUGAUGAAAUGGACAAAAGAGAAACCUAUAUCUGAAGGAUAAGCUAAAAAUUUAUUUGGUUAAUUAAUAUUGGCGUUAUAGAUACUUUAAAGUCAUAAUAUAUUACAUAGAGAUAUUAAAUUAGAUAAUAUACUACUUUAAGGAGAAUAAAUAAAGAUUUGUGAUUUUGGAGUGAGUAGACAAAUUAUUAAAGGAUAAAAGAUAUUAGAAUAAUGUGGAACACCUGCUUAUUUAGCACCAGAAGUAAUAUCAAAUAAAACAGGAUAUGAAGGAUUUGCAAGUGAUAUUUGGAGUUCAGGAGUUUUAUUAUACAUUUUACUUGUUGGAAAAGUACCAUUUAAAGGAAAUAAUAUGAAUGAAUUAAAUCAUAAUAUUUAAAAUGGUCUACUUAAUUUUAUGGAAAUGAAGAAAUAUAACUUAUCUAAUGAUGCAGUUGGUAAUUUAUUAUGUAAUACUUAUAUUAGAUCUUAUAAAAUCUAUACUUAAUGUGAAUCCAAAAUUAAGAAUAACAUUAACUGAAAUCUUGAAUCAUUCUUGGCUUAGAGAAUUAAAUUUGAAAUCAAAUAAAGUUUUAAUGUAGAAUUCAAAUUUAGAUUUGAGAGUCAUUUCUUAAAUUGAGUAAUUUGGUUAUUCAAGAGAAUUUAUUAUUAAAAGUUUGUAGAAAUAGACUCUAUGUCAUAUUAAUGCUAUAUAUUCUAUUUUAACAAGAGUUUUAAAAUGA